AUGAGGAAGAUUAAUACGAUUAUAAGAGAACUGUGGCGAAAAAUCUAUCGUGGGAAUGAUAUUGAUUAUAUAGAAAUUAAAACAGAUGCUCCUGAAACCACGAGUGCAGACAAGAAGCGAACAUUCAACUAUCGGGUUGUUCAGGUGAAGAAUGAUGUUGAGAUUGAUAUGAAGGGACGCUGCAGUGCUGGGCAGAAGGUUCUAGCGUCGCUUGUUAUCCGAAUUGCUUUGGCAGAAAUUCUAAGUAUUAAUUGUGGAAUCUUAGCUCUGGAUGAACCAACCACAAAUUUGGAUAGGGAGAACAUAGACAGUCUUGGAGAAACUCUCACAGACCUUAUAAAUUUAAGGAGGGAGAACAAGAAUUUUCAGCUCAUACUGAUAACACACGAUGAAGACUUCUUGGAUCGUUUGAUGAAUGUUGAAAAACUGAAGUACUAUUACAGGGUCACAAGAAAUGCAAAGGGAAACUCGGUCAUUGAAAAGUAUCGUUUUGAAGAAAGGAGCACCCAACAUAGAAACUUUAACUAA